AUGUCGACUUCAGAGUCAACCCCUCGGCGUAAGGGUUCUGCAUCUCCUUCUCCACCACCUUCCGUCGCUUCUUCUUCCUCCUCCUCUUCCUCCUGCUUCCACACUGCCGCAUCUAACAAUCUCCACACAGAAGAAGCAUCCGACUCCAGCGCAGGUAGUUCUUCCGAAUGUCGUGAUUCUCCCCCCCUCACCCGUAAACGCGCAAGCCGUACAACUAAGCGAGUCCUUUCUGAAGGAGACAUCAUCUCACUUGCACCCGCCAAACGCAAUUGCAACGCCAUAACUUGCGCCCUUGGCAUACGCUCCACUGCCAUUUCAUCCUCGAUCUCCGACUUGAACGGACAGGCAUGCAACACACCCUCUUCUCCCAUCGCUGCUUGGAGGAAAGCUAGACAACUGCGACAGCGCGGUAGACGAACGCCACUCGCCACGCCAACCGGCACCCAAACAGAGCAAAGGGUGGAUAUCCUACCAGAGCUUCGAUUGCUUUCCGCAACGCGCACCGCACCCAUUGGCUCGUUGUCCCUAACCAACCCGCAAGCAGAUGCGUUUAGAGCCAAGUCGAGACAAGUGGAUAUGUACGAUGAAAAAAGCAUCGUUGGUGCUCCAGAGAGACAGCGUUUUUGGCCGAUAGUCGAUCAACAGUUGGACUACACUGCCGCUAGAAUGCUCCAGUUUUCCUCUGGAAGCCCUUGUCAGCUUUGCCAUGUUUGGUCUGGUUCCACUUUGGUUCGAGUUGGUUCGAGCGGUUGGGAUGCUUCGUCCUUGAUUGCUGAGCCUCUUGGCCGUCUUCAUACCACCGCCACGGUGGGGGGAAGAGGACUCGCUUCGGCAUAUGCAAAGAGGAGGACAGAGACGGAAGCUCAAAGGACGGCAAGAGUGCCUUUGUCGGCUAGAGAUACGUUGGGAGCAAUGAUCGAUUUUACCCGUGGUCAAGCAGCUCAAAGCAGACAGUAUCUUCAGUCAUCCCGUUCGCAGCCAUCCUCCCAACUCAUCCAGCAGGUAGAAUCGGCAAGGUAG